AUGGGUGUUCAUCGUUUUUAUUUAUCACUCUUUCUAUGUAUUGGAGCUGCUCCAUUAAUAUCAUCUGCUAUAGAUUGCAAUACUUAUAAUCCAUUGAUAUGUCAACCUGAUCUUUUGCAAUUUUGUUUCACUGAUGGUACUUUAAUUCAGGGUUCUUGUGAAGCCUCUCAUAUGGUUUGUAAUGAAAGUAAAGUGAUAGAUGAAUCGUUUGCAUCAUGUCAAUCAAGUGAUACAUUUAAUUGUACUGGUUAUUCUUCAAUUGACCCUUGUUUACCAGACCUGAUAGAAUAUUGUUUUACUAAUGGUGAAAAAGUUGUUGGUACUUGUGCUGCUAAAAGUAAAUACUGUGUCGACAAUUUAGAGAUUGAUGCAUCUGGGAACUCUUGUGAGGAUCCGUCCAUUGAUUGCGACAACCAUGAUCCGAAUGAAAUCUGUAGACCCGAUCUUGUGGAAUAUUGCUUGUCGGAUGGUAGAAAGAUUGCGGGAUUAUGCCAAGCCGGAAAAAUUGUUUGCAGUGAGGAUGUGACGUUAGAUUUAACUGGUUUAGCUUGUGCUAAAGUAGAUUGUGGUAGAUAUAAUGCCACUCAACAAUGUAAUAGUGCUGAUAAAACUGAAUAUUGUUUGGGUGAUGGUCCUGACCAUAUCGCUGUAGGAGAAUGUGAGGCGUUAGCAGCCAUUUGCUUAAAUGGCAAGGAGCCCAAUUUUGAAGAGGGUGGAUGUUCAGCAUGCAGUCAAAUUUCUAAAAUACCUGCUUUAUUGGUAUUUAUCAUAUAUAUUAUAUAUAAUGUUUAA